CAGCAGCAACUUUUUCCAGCGCGCAGUUGCAUCCUGUCAUAAGAAACAGUCCCAUUCAAAACCUGCCUCAGUUUGGAGCUCACCCACUAUGACCAGAACAUAAAUGGGUCUAAAGUGUCGCUUCCACUGGCUGUCACGGUUCUGGUUCCGGAGGUGCUCGCUUCCGAAAAGGACGUUCCUGGUUGCACUCACAUGUGUCGUUUAUUUAUGUUUUACCAUGCCCAACGUGGACUUUCCUCUGCAGAACCGGACUGGAGAAAAACUGGGAGUGAGGAGUGUUCUGCCAAAGGAGGACGUGUUGGUUCCGACCCGCUCCAACGUGGUGUACAUCACUCUCAAAUCUAAGCGCCUCAAACCGGCCAACAUUCGGGGCACAAUACGACCCAAAUUGAGGAGCAAAGCGAGAAGAAUUACGCACGAACAUCAGGAGUCCACCAACGGAAAAGGUCCCCAUGCACAACGGGACCCCAACCAGCCGGAUUCUGGAUCAAAAAGAGCGGACCCUCCUGAGAGUUCGAUCCGGAUCUAUAGCAGGACCGCCCCUCCGUGGCUCAGCGCGCAAGACGUGGCCACCAUGCGCGCUCUCGCUGGUGCCAAAGUCGUGCGCGUCCACGCACAAGACACCUCAAGACCGUUAUUGAUCUUGGAAGAGGAGCUGCAGAACCGGACUCACCUGUGCCGAGGACCGUGCGGGCUCGUCCACGGCCCAGUGGACUCAGUGGAGGUGUUCGCCUUCCAUUUGGACCGAGUGCUCUUACUGAACAGGACUUUACCGGCUGUGAGCAGGAAGCUGGCCUUCUUACACGAUGGCCGGCCCAGUCCAGUGGUGGCUUGGGAACCCUCUCGUUACCCAGAUGACAGCUCCGCUGUGAGGUUAACGUGGGGCGAGUACCAGAGGUCACUAAAACAGAGGUGCUGGGUGAAGAACAUCGCUCCAAAGCCAGCAUCCAGCUGCUCCACCAUCCAUCACUAUGAGUGGAGCAAAGUGGCUCUCUUUGAUUUCCUCUUACAGAUUCACAACCGUCUGGAUCCGAGCUGCUGCGGCUUCAGACCCCGGCAACAGGACGUGUGCUACAAAGCUGGCCACCAUCUUGAAUGUGCCGACCAGGACGGAAUUCAACUGGCAAACAUCGCGCACACUGGGCGGGACCCCCGGCAUCUGGUCCUCACCGUCAACAAGGGCUACUUCGACCGUAAUGAGGACAACCUGGACUUCAGGCUGCUGGAGGGAAUCAAGGAGCUUCCUGAGCAGUCCGUGUCGCUGCUGAGGAGCGGGAGGCUGAGGGAGAAGCUCCUGCAGUCGCUCUUCCUGGACCAGACCUACUGGGAGAGCCGGGGAGGCCGGCCGGGUAUCGACAAGCUGAUUGAUGUAAUCGAGAAACGAGCCAAGGUCCUCCUCACAUACGCCAAUGCGCACGGCAUCAAGGCGGUGGCCAUGAGGGAGUGAUGGGGUGGUAACGGCAGGAUGACCCUUCGGAGACAAGUUGACGUCCACCUUCUCUUCCUUUCUUUCCUGCCGCCAACUCAAACACGGCCAUCUUUAACUGUAUGACAGAAGCAUCAACUUUCAUCCCUUUUUUUUGCUUUAUGAACAUUAUACUAUGUUUUCUCAGUGGAAUUAAUGUGUUGAGACGAGGCCAUCGGUCACACAGCAGCCCAUCUGGUUCGAGUUACAUUUUUUAUGAGCGCUUUAAUUUGAGCAACAACUUUCAUCAUCUGAUUAGUAGUAAUAAAUUAUGCAGAAUAUAGAUAGAUAGAUAGAUAUACACAUAGUGGUGUGAAAAUUUUUUUGCCCCCUUCCUGAUUUCUUAUUUUUUUGCAUGUUUGUCACACUUAAAUGUUUCAGAUCAUCAAACAAAUUGUAAAAAUUAGUUGAUGACAACACAACUGAACACAAAAUGUGUUCAUUCCAAACCUACAUGGCCCUGUGUGAAAAAACUAUUGCGCCCUAAACCUAAUAACUGGUUGGGCCACCAUUAGUGGCAACAACUGCAAUCAAGCGUUUGCGAUAACUUGCAAUGAGUCUCUUGCAGCGCUGUGGAGGAAUUUUGGCCCACUCAUCUUUGCAGAAUUGUUGUAAUUCAGCCACAUUGGAGGGUUUUCCAGCAUGAAGCACCUUUUUAAGGUCAUGGCACAGCAUCUCAAUAGUGUUCAUGUCAGGACUUUGACUAGGCCACUCCAAAGUCUUCAUUUUGUUUUUCUUCAGCCAUUCAGAGGGGGACUUGCUGGUGUGUUUUGGAUCAUUGUCCUGCUGCAGAACCCAAGUUGGUUUUAGCUUGAGGUCACCAACCGAAGGCCGGACAUUCUCCUUCAGGAUUUUUUGGUAGACAGCAGAAUUCAUGGUUCCAUUUAUCACAGCAAGUCCUGAAGCAACAAAACAGCCCCAGACCAUCACACUACCACCAUCUCAUUUUACUGUUGGUAUGAUGUUCUUGAAAUGCGGCAUUACUUUUAUACCAAAUGUAACGGGACACACACCUUCUAAAACGUUAAACUUCUGUCUCAUCAGACCACAGUGAGGCAAGUGAGGCCUGCAGUCCUUUGGGUGUUGUUGUGGGGUCUUUUGUGACCUCUUGGGUGAGUCGUUACUGCGCUCUUGUGGUAAUUUUAGUUGGCUGGCCACUCCUGGGAAGGUUCACCACUGUUCCAUGUUUUCGCCAUAUGUGGAUAAUGGCUCUCACUGUGGCUUGCUGGAGUCCCAAGUCUUUAGAAAUGGCUUUAUAACCUUUUCCAUACUGAUAGAUCUCAGUUAAGUUCUGUUUUUACAAGUGGGGCAAUCACUUUUUCCACACAGGGCCAUGUAGGUUUUUUCUCCCUUAAUAAUAAAAAGUUUGAUUUAAGAGCUGCAUUUUGUGUUGUCAUUGACUAGUAUUUAAAUUUGUUUGAUGAUCUGAAACAUUUAAGUGUGACAAACAUGCAAAAAGAAAAAGAAAUCGGGAAGGAGGCAAACGAGGUCCAACACAAGAGACAUUAGAAUAGUUUGAUCCUUUCUUGCAGCUUAUAACAUCACCAAAAACAGCGGUCAGUGUGCUGCACGACAAGAUACACCUUAACUACUCUUUUUAAUGCAGCUAUUGCAUUGGAACUUUUUAGAUUAUGACAGGUGUGCAUAAUAAAGUGGCCGGUGAGUCGAUAAGCUGUUGUGUAUUUAUUUAUUUUUAUACAUUAUAUUUUAAUUGCUGAAUAAAUUUUAGGGGCCGCACGCACAGUCAGGAGAUCGGGAAGAUGUGGGUUUGAAUCUCUGCUUUGGCAUCUUUGUGUGGCGUUUGCAUGUUCUCCCAGUGUGUGCGUGGGUUUUCUCCGGUUUCCUCACACAUUCCAAAAACAUGCAUAUUAGGUUAAUUGGCGACUCUAAAUUGUGGUGGUGUGAAUAUGAGCGUGAAUGGUUGUUUGUCUAUAUGUGGCCUGUUUGGCGGCCACCCCGCCUCUCGCCCAAAGUCAGCUGGGAUAGGCUCCAGCAUACCCCCGCGACCCUAGUGAGGAUAAGUGGCAUGGAAGAAGGAUGGAUGGAUGGAAUAAAUUUUAGUCAGAUGGUCAAUAAAAGCUUUAAAAUGUAAAGUUUUUAUGAACUAUCUGAUUGGUGCGUCGAAACAAUAUACUAUUUAAACUUUAAUUGGUUAUAAUGCACCCAAAAUUCCAUGUGAUGUGUUAUCCUCACACGAAGCAGAUGGUCACAGAUGAGAGUCAGACUGAGGCAGCAUCUGCUUUGUGUGCUCUGCAGUCCAAAGGGGCUUUAUGGGUUAUUUUCUUCAUUCACUCCGCUGUUAUUUUAACCCCUCUGCCUAUCAGGCCAGCAGGGUCCCAGCCUGUGUGUGUUUGUCUUAGACACCCACCCCCAUCUCCACACACUAUAGUUCCCAUAGUGAUCUGUAGCAUAGCUUUCUACAUCUAAUAGUGGCUAAUGCAUACAUUCCAUAUGAGCAUACACCCACUGAGGCACACCUGCGCAAUAAUGCUCAGUUUAGUCAGAUGUAAUAAUUUAACACUGUUAGGACCAUUAUUUGUAGUGGUGUACAGCUGUACGACAUCAUGUUUCUAACGUUUGGUUGCCUUAUUCUCCUUAAAGGACAGACCCCCUCCGACAUAAUUGUCCAUGAUUGAACAUUCAGUGACGUCAACACAGAUCAAACCAGGACACUCUCAGGUCUGGGUGACUCACUUUUAUGCCGUUUGAAGCCGUUGCUAUUCUCCACUCCUGUCUACAGUAUGAGGUAGCUAUUACUUAUGACACACGCUCACACAUUGCGAUGUCGCAAGUGGUUCCCUGUUUUUACAUGUUUUAUUUUUGAAAGCCAAUACUGUAUAUACUUGUUAUUUUGUAUAAAUAGUGUAUUUUUGUAAUCAUGUAUUUUAUGUUAUUUCAGAUUUGUAUUAUUCUAAUUUGGAUUCUUUAAAAAUAAAAUAGAAAUAUAAUAAACAAAGAAAUGACAUUAUAAUAUAAUUAUGCAUUUACCCAUUGCCAUUUUAUAUACAGUCAAACCUGUCUAUAGCGGCCACUAAAGGGAAACGGCAAAAGUGGCCGCUAUAGGCAGGUGGCCGUUAUAGACAGGUUGGCAGCCAUUUAUAUUAACAUGUCUGUGAUUAGAAGCUUGUUGUGUUUGCAGAUGCAUAUAAUUAUACUGUUACAUGUUGACCAGUAGAGGGCACUGUGGGACUGCAGAUAAAAGUUGUAAAGCACUACUAGGUUAAUAAACCGCUGUUAAUGAAGCGCAUCGGCGAUGUGAGUCUCUCCUUCCCCACAACAAGGGGCAUUACAGUAUUGACCAGUGCACAUAGUCUCACACCAGGAAAUAAACGGUGUCACUGUCUGCAACAAGCUCCAAAGAAGACGGCUUUUUUAUGUGGAACAACUGACAGUUUGUGUGGAUCUUGUGAAUGAUUGUGACUGAGCUACGACUCAGUAAUUAAAGUCUACACACAACGGUUUCAUUGCUUAAAAAACGAAACUUUUUCGUGCAUGAAGCUUCUGCUUAAGUCAGCAUUUUGGCCACUAUAUGCGGUCAGAUAUUGACCAAGGGAUACAAAAUGGGUGGCCGCUGGCUGCGUUAGACAGGUGACCGCUAUACACAGGGUCUACAACACAUACAUUUUC